AUGCCCCCGAAGAAACAGGCUCAGGCAGGGGGCAGCAAAAAGGCGGAGCAGAAAAAGAAGAAGAUUAUCGAAGACAAAACUUUUGGUCUGAAGAAUAAGAAAGGAGCAAAGCAACAGAAGUUUAUCAAGGCUGUCACUCAUCAAGUUAAAUUUGGUCAACAAAAUUCCCGUCAGGUAGCACAAAGUGAAGCUGAAAAGAAGUUGAAGAAAGAUGACAAGAAAAAAGAAUUACAAGAGCUAAAUGAGUUGUUCAAACCUGUAGUUGCUGCUCAGAAAAUAAGUAAAGGUGCAGAUCCCAAAUCUGUAGACAACGAAGGGGAAGGACAGGAAAACGGAGCCAUCGAUGCUGUUCCUGUUAAUGAAAAUCUGUUUACUGGGGAAGAUUUGGGUGAACUAGAAGAAGAAUUAAACACAUUUGAUUUAGAAGAAUGA